AUGUCCUCCUCACCAGAUAUCCCGUCUUCUUACGCGACCCUUCCGACCAAGUACAUCAGGCUUUCCCACGUACCGGCAGACUCGCCAACCCCAACCAAGGUCAUCCUCGUCACGCUCAACCGCCCAGAAAAGCACAAUGCGUGGAUUAAGGACAUGGCGCGCGAACUGGAGGCCGUAUAUAAGCAGUUUGAUGUUGACGACCGUGUUCGCGCCAUCGUCUUAACGGGUGCGGGGAAAAUGUUUUGCGCUGGUGCAGACCUUGAAGUCGGGUUUCUCGGUGGACAAGGCGAGAAAGACCUUGCUGGGCCUAGCGGAGCUAAGGAUCAUCGUGACAGUGCCGGCUGGGUGACUUUGGCGAUGCAUAAUUGCCGUAAACCCACGGUCGUUGCAAUUAAUGGUUCGGCUGUCGGUGUCGGCAUUACCUGCACGUUACCUGCGGCCAUCAGAGUCGCAUACCAAGAUGCAAAGAUUGGAUUUGUGUUUGCUCGACGUGGGGUGAUUAUGGAGGGUGCAUCAGCAUUCUUCUUACCAAAGCUGAUUGGGCAUUCGCGUGCCUUGCAUCUCGCGACAACGGGUGGCGUAUAUCCCGCUUCACAUCCGUUACUGUCAAAUCUGUUUUCCGAGCUACUUCCUACACCCGAGGCUACUAUUGCGCGUGCCUUGGAGCUCGCGAAUGAUAUUGCUGAGAAUACCUCGGUGGUGGCGACCGCAAUAAUGCGAGACCUUAUGUGGCGAACGCCCAGCAGUGCUGAAGAAACCCAUCUGCUGAACUCGCGGUUGAUAUACGAUCUUUUUGGAAGUACUGAUAAUACGGAGGGUGUCGCGAGUUUCUUUGAGAAGCGCAAACCUCAACAAUAUAAAGACGCAUUGAUAUUAUUCUCCCACUCCAUAGCUAAUUACAAUGACCAAGGUAACAUUCUGACACUGCAACGCUACUCUUAUCAUUUGCAGGCUUUGAACGCUCCAUUACGUCCACUCGUACCCUUCCGCAAACUCCACUAUUCGGAAUAGAUGCGGAAUUGUACCGCAUGGUCGCCUCUAAUAUCUGGUCAAGGGUCUCUUUAUCUUUAUUGCGUUUGGCUGACAGAUGCAUUCUAUUACCGGAAAUUCGGAGGGGGUCUCUGUUUAUGAUGGUCACUGCAUCAGCUUGCUUUGAUAUAAGUAUCUUAUCAUAUAUCUUUUUAUUAUGUUUAUGUAAUUAUACGACGUCAAUGCUCUUCUCAAUGAAGUCAUUGCAAUCAUGUCUGAUGCUUCUACCUCAGAUAUAUGUACC